AUGGAAGGCACGAAGAAAGAGAAAAAAUCUGAAGAAGCUCCCAACAGUGUGAUAUUGCCACCAAUGCCGACAACAAAAUCUUCAAGUCCCAAUGCCGACGAAGUCAGGACCAACAAUGAAACCCAAGCGACUGGUGCUACCGCCAACACCAAAAAUCAAGCGGCAGUUAUCAAAAACGUCAAGAGGAAGGAUGCUAACAGAGCACAGUAUUGGGAUCCUAAUACUGUGUUUGCUCCGAAAGCCUUGAGGCAUUACACGUGGCUGAAGCAACAGUGCACUGCUCUGCGCAGGCCUGGCGGAUCAUACUGA